CCAAAGUCGGUAUACCGUUCAAUGCUGGUAUCCUCAAAGGUUGUGCCUUCUUGAAUUGAUCUUGAAGAGUUAUUUCCGACUGAAAAAUAUCAAGCUGUCUGAACACAAGUAUGGUUUGCAAUACGAAUAUAACGUCCAAAAGCCAGAACUCGUGGAACCAUACACUGGACACCGGCCCUGUAAGUAAUGCCUCUCUUGGAUUUGACUUUCAAUGCAUGGACACAUCAUUAUCGACUGAUUAUCAUUGGAGAAAGUACAUUUUUAUCCUAGGAACAGUAACUUUUGGCAUUGGAUUUGUUGGAAACAUCAUUACUUUAUUGGUUAUCAUCUAUUUGCAAAGGCUUCACACACCAACUUAUACCGCAAUCGCCUGUCUAUCCCUCUCUGAUCUGUUUGCUUUAAUGUCCCGUUAUAUCAUGAUCUUACCAGAACCAGUAAGCUCCUAUUUUGAUAACCCUUCACGACAAUCUAUGGUUUAUGUUUUCAUUUUUCUAUUUUUACAUUCUGCAAAUUUCCAUAUGGUACUGAUAUCCUACGUUCGGUACAUUUUCAUUGCAUGGCCGCUUAAGAGUCUUAAAGUGGGGUGCAGAAAAAUCAUAAAGCUUUCUCAAACUAUAUGGAUAUUUUCUUUUGCUAUAACCGGGAUAUACAGUCUUCAAGCGAUAUUAAGUAUCAACAAUAUCUUAUCUGAAAGUAUGAAAAACUGGUGCGAAUUAGUUUUUGCGCUAUAUAUUGGGGGUCUUCCGUUCUUCAUGAUACUUUACUUUCAUGUUAGAAAAAUCUAUUGUAUGCAUAGGCUGCCUCUAGCAGAAAGAGAACAUAGACUUCGCCUUGUCCGUUCAAUGUCUGCUAUUUUGUUCGUGAUAUUGAUAUUUUAUUUUUUGUCCAUUUCAUAUCCCUUUAUUUAUACAAUACUUGAUGCUUUAUAUUACACAAACACGGGAGGCCUGUCCUCUAUUGCAUUUCAACAAUUGUUUGAUUUCUUUCUCCUUUUUAACAACAGCGUAAACCCUUUAAUCUAUUUCUUUUUUUCGCUCCAAACUUCAAGACUAAUCUCAAAGGGAAGAAGAGAAUUCGCUAACAGUAGUAUUCGUUCACAAUUAUCUACAAAUUUGUAGAUGAAAAUACAUAAACUUUAUUUGAUACUCCGGUCCUACAGAUUGACUGU